CCAUCCUUAUGAACGAGAUGAUACAAGUCCGUUGCGUUGGUUGUGAAUAAUCAAUAAUACCACUGGAGCGCCGUUGGAUUGGCUUGUGAAAAGGCCACCACUGACGUAAAUAGCCGAUAUGACGCUCCUGCCUGCGCCCGCCCACAAACCAACUCGCACCCAAUCUCCCACUGCUUGCUUAUCACUCUACCACAAAUCAAUCGUCACGACCCAUCUCGCACCUCGUCUCUCUGUCCACCACGACAAACCACAUUACUACACUCAAUAAGCUUCAGCUUCACCACAUCUCCCCUACCCCACCAUGUCUUUGCAAGAGCGAGCCCAGGCGCAGCUGUCGCAGCUUGAGAAAGAGCUGUCCAAAUACCCCGCCCUCAACAACUUCGAGAAGCAGACCUCAGUCCCCAAGACCUAUGCCAUCCUAGGUGUUGCCGGUCUAUACUUCUUCUUGGUCUUCUUCAACAUUGCCGGUGCCUUCCUCGUCAACAUCGCCGGCUUUGCUAUCCCUGGUUACUACUCGCUUGCUGCUUUGUUCAGCUCUAGCAAGGUGGAUGACACCCAGUGGUUGACUUACUGGGUUGUCUUUGCUUUCCUGACCGUUUUUGAGAGUGCUGUAAACGCCGUUUACUGGUUCCCAUUCUACUACACAUUCAAGUUCGUUCUCGUUCUCUGGAUGGCCCUUCCCCAGACUGGUGGCGCUCAAAUCAUCUUCCGCUCCUUCCUCCAGCCCGUCUUUUCGCGCUACUUCUCCGAGUCCGGCUCCACCGCAGCCAACCUCCGCGCGCAAGCUGACUCGGCCGGCAAGUCGCACGCUUCCUAG